GUGUGUUUCGCCGAGAACACCUUGGAUUCAUCACUGGCCGCGAUAAAGAUGUGAUCCCGAAGCGGUCGCCGAAGGACGGACGGGAAUAUAUAUAAACCGGCCGCUACUUGAGAGGCACUUUACGUCUUCCCUCCUUCCAUCUGGUCAGAGACGUAUAUCAAUAUCGACAGGACAACAAUGCCUCUAAGUAAGGAUGUUGCUGAAUGGCGAGACAGCUCAGUCAAUCUGGAGUCAUAUCAGCCUGGAACUGAGGCUGAAAAGAGGCUCGUUCGCAAGAUGGACCUGCGUAUAGUUCCAGCUGUUUGGUUACUUUAUACUCUGUCGUAUUUGGAUCGGGCAAAUAUUGGCAAUGCAAAGAGUGGUGGUAUGGAAGAAGACCUGAAUCUCAGUUCUACUCAAUAUUCCGUCAUCCUCCUCGUAUUCUUUAUUUCUUAUGUUAUAUUCGAGGUGCCCGCGAACAUGAUACUGUCUCGCGUUCGACCAUCCAUUUACUUGUCGGCAAUUUGUUUCUUCUGGGGAGUAGUAGCAGCAUGCAUGGCUGCUGGUAAAAACUGGUCUCAAAUUGCUGCAGUGCGAUUUUGCCUUGGUAUUGUCGAGGCAGCGUUCGCACCUGGUGUCGCAUUCUAUCUGUCAUCAUGGUACAAGAUGCAUGAACUUGCUCGAAGAUAUUCUGUCUAUUACACAGCAACUGCGGUGUCAGGCGCAUUUUCUGGAUUACUCGCAGGUGUCAUCACCGACAAUCUAAAUGGUGCACGCGGCAUCGCUGGUUGGCGUUGGCUUCUGCUCAUCGAAGGUGUCGCGAGCUCCGGAGCAGGCUUGUUCGCGUGGAUAAUUUUACCGGAUUGGCCUGCUACGACUCGAUGGCUCACUGAUGAAGAGAGAAACCUGGCCGUUCAACGUCUUCUACAUGAUGGCAUUGCGUCUUCUGGAGCAGAGGCCGCCCGGCCGAGUCACACGGAGUCUUUGAAAAUGUCUUUUCGUGAAUGGCGGCUCUACCCACUCAUUUUUAUGUACAUGCUGGCAACCGGGUCGCAGACUAUCCAGUACUUCAUUCCCACCUUAGUUGGCCAACUUGGAUACAAGGGCUACACGUUGCAGUUCAUGACGAUUCCGAUAUACAGUGUCGCUCUUGUUGGUAUCCUCGUGUUUUGUUUUAUAUCGGACUAUCGCAGAGAACGUGGGCACUACGUGACAAUCACAGCUUGUAUUGGCUUCGUUUCGUUUAUUAUUACUGUUGCUGCCACCAACAAGAAAGUACAAUACGCAUUUCUAUGCUUCGGUGUCGGAGGCGUGUAUGCCGCUUGUCCGCUCACUCUACUGUGGGUCUCCGCUGUCAUCCCGCAUCCAGCAGAGAAGCGUGCAGUCGCUAUUGCUAUAGUGAAUUCCCUCGGGAACAGUGCAUCCAUAUAUGGCUCGUUCUUGUGGCCCUCAAAAGAUGCUCCACGCUACGUGCCCGGGUUUUCGUCCACGACUGUGUUUCUCGUUCUUCUUGCGGUGUCCGCUCAGAUCUUCCGAUAUUUCACGAUAAAGCAUCCUUAUGUCUCGCUCAACGCACGCAUUGGCAGGAGUGCUACGGCGACGCCCGAUACUGAAAAGGCCGCGGACCUCUAGCAUUGCCCCUGUCGUCGUUCAUGUUGAGAAGGUUCUGGUGUUGUUCUUUUACGUAUUCUUCUGGAACGACGAGCCGAAUUGUUCGCAAACAUAUGAGCGCGCAGGAUCGCUUUAUGAUUAUUGGACUGAAAAUCUGUGGCACUUGACCUGGUUGCCUGUCGGUGCGAAAAUGCUCUGGUACGUUGCUUAGGGAAAUUACUCGAUCGCUAUUGGCCCCGGUAUAUACUUUCAUGCUACACUGUAUUAUAUGGUCACGACUUAUAAUUUUUUCAUGAUGAAACGGUUUUAUGACC